ACGCUGCUCCCUCGGCUGGGAUCGCGUCGUCUCUCUCUCGCCGCCCUGCUCCACGCCUGGCCCGUGGGUUCAGGGGCGGCAGGUCGUGCCAGGUGGGCUCGGGUGGACGGGCGCGGCGGUCGGGGCGAGGCGGCGGCGCGGGUGGACGGUGCGGAACCCAGCAAGUUCCUCGCAGGAGAUGUCGCCGGGCGCGGGCCCCUGCAUACGCCGGGCGCCGUGACAGGCCGGCCGUGGAGGCGCGGACGGGGGAGGCCGCGACGGAGCUCCCGGACUGGCCAUGGGCUGAGACGCAGCGUCGCGGAGCAGCCUGUUGCGAAAUUGACCCUUCCAUACGUCACAAGAACAUGCCGGGGUGACUCUCUCCCAGAUCUUCCUGUGGCCUUCCUUGCUCUGCCCAGUGACACUAUGCAACCCCAGCGUGACCUGCGAGGCCCCUGGCUCCUGCUGCUCUCCUUGUUCCUGCUCCUUUUUGAGGUAGCCAGGGCUGGCCGGUCUGUGGUUAGCUGUCCCGCCAACUGCCUGUGCGCCAGCAACAUCCUCAGCUGCUCCAAGCAGCAGCUGCCCAAUGUGCCCCAGUCUUUGCCCAGCUACACAGCACUCCUGGACCUCAGCCACAACAACUUGAGCCGGCUGAGGGCCGAGUGGACCCCUACCCGGCUGAUCAACCUGCACUCUCUGCUGUUGAGCCACAACCACCUGAACUUUAUCUCCUCUGAGGCCUUUGUCCCGGUACCCAACCUUCGGUACCUGGACCUCUCCUCCAACCACCUUCACACGCUGGAUGAGUUCCUGUUCAGUGGUCUGCACGCGCUGGAAGUACUGCUGCUCUACAAUAACCACAUUGAGGUGGUGGACCGGUAUGCCUUCGAGGACAUGGCCCAGCUGCAGAAACUCUACUUGAGCCAGAAUCUCAUCUCUCGCUUCCCUCUGGAACUGAUCAAGGACGGAAACAAAUUACCCAAGCUGAUGCUCUUGGAUCUGUCCUCCAACAGGCUGAAGAAGUUGCCGCUGACUGACUUGCAGAAGUUGCCGGCAUGGGUCAAGAACGGGCUGUACCUGCACAACAACCCGCUGGAAUGUGACUGCAAGCUCUACCAGCUCUUUUCGCACUGGCAGUACCGGCAGCUGAGCUCUGUGAUGGACUUCCAGGAGGAUCUGUACUGCAUGCAUUCCAAGAAGCUGCACAAUGUCUUCAGUCUGGAUUUCUUCAAUUGCAGCGAGUACAAGGAAAGUGCCUUGGAGGCUCACCUGGGAGACACCUUGGACAUCAGGUGUGAUACCAAACAGCAAGGGAUGACCAAAGUGUGGGUGACACCCAGCAAUGAACAGGUGCUAAAUCAGGGGGCCAAUGGCACAGCGACCGUGUCCAAGGAUGGCAGUCUUCAUUUUGAGAAGGUGCAGGCUGAGGAUGGGGGUGUGUACACCUGCUAUGCCAUGGGGGAGACUUUCAAUGAGACACUGUCUGUGGAGUUGAAAGUGUACAACUUCACCUUGCACGGACACCAUGACACCCUCAACACGGCCUAUACCACCCUGGUGGGCUGUAUCCUCAGUGUGGUUCUGGUCCUCAUAUACUUGUACCUCACCCCUUGCCGCUGCUGGUGCCGGGGUGUGGAGAAGCCUUCCAGCCAUCAAGGAGAUAGCCUCAGCUCUUCUAUGCUCAGCACCACACCCAACCAUGAUCCUAUGGCUGGCGGGGACAAAGAUGAUGGUUUUGACCGUCGGGUAGCGUUCCUGGAACCUGCUGGACCAGGGCAGGGUCAAAAUGGCAAACUCAAGCCAGGCAACACUCUGCCAGUGCCCGAGGCAACAGGCAAGGGCCAACGGAGGAUGUCAGAUCCAGAGUCGGUCAGCUCGGUCUUCUCCGACACACCCAUUGUGGUGUGAGCAGCAUAGGCUGGUGGGGAGGUUCUGCCCCAGGAGAGGUAGUGUACCCCUGAGGGAUCCGAGGGGAUGGAAGAGAGGGCUGGAUGCCCAAGGGAGUAGGUUCCUCCUGACCACCAGGGAAUCGGUCAUGGGCACAAGAGCAGGCAAGACCCCAGUGAGGCUGUGGAUGCUGCAAGCUUCGUAUACGGAUAUAUUAAUCCUCAGGCAGACGCCACACCCCUACCUUGGCUAUUCUCAGUGUGAUAGAGGAGGAGGGAUGCGUCUGAGUUGGACAGGAAUGAGGAAAGGGGUGAGGGGAGGAGCAGAUUCCCUAAACUUUUUUGAGGUCAUCCAUAGCUCCUUAAGAGAAAACCAUUUGAAAAACAAAUUUUUUUUUCUGUCUCUGCCCACCCACACCUGUGAAGUUGUGUGUGUUGGGGGAGCCUCCACAGGAGCCAUGCUGGGAGCUGCAGUAUCCUCUCUGGUCAGGAAGUCACAUUCACAGCUAGGGAACUGGAAACCUUUGGAAAAUGAGUCAGGAAAAGACUGAGACCUGGAUCAAUAACACUCCCUAAAGCUGCUGUGAGACUUCUCACUAGAGCUGUCUUCUUUCCCCAGGAGUCCUGAGUGGGUGGAUAUCUGCAGGAGCCUGGCCUCUUGCCUGUUAGUUAUGGCAGCAAUAUAGGACAUAGUGUCUGCGCUUGUCCUGGGGCAGGUGGCACAGAUGGAUACAGAAUGAAUUAAGAGGUCCCUGUCAUAGCAUAAAACUUGUAGAUAGGACAUAAAUUCCAGGUAGGCUAAUUCUCUGGCUGGGGGAAAGCUUUGAUUAGUAUUUGACUCCCAAUAUCUAUCUGUCGGGAUCAGACUAGGGGACACUGAAGGCAGGGCAUUAUGGUUGCCUUGCCACCAAUGGGGCACAAGGGCCACUGUCCCUGAAAGGAUGAGGAAAACCAACCUCUUCGAUGUAGCAGCCAGGAAGACCUACCUGAUUUUCUGCAUAUGCCAUCUCUUCAGCCAACCUUCUAGUCAGCUCAGGUGGGGUUCUAAGCCUUCCACCUAAUGCUGUUCUGCAAAGGGAGGAGUGAGGUCAAGUCUGGCCCUGCUCCAUUAGACUAGGUCUGAAGAUUGACAGGACUCCACAUGUAUCUUCUCUCUGCUGUCAAGGCUGCCUCACUCCUGCUGCAAAGCCAAAGCGUGGGAUUUUGUCAUCUGAAGGGUUGGAACCUAGUGGUCUCUGUCCCAAAAUGGUGAUACAAAGUGUGGUGUAGAGUUCUGCCUCCCCCCCACCAGGCUCUAGGGCAGGCGGUCUUGUAACAGAGGCUUAAAGGGCACUAAACUCUGAAAACUUCUGUCAUACCGUUCCUUUCAGUCAGAAGUCAGUGCAGUUAUGCCUGUCAGAGCAGAGGGACUUAAAAACAAAGCAGCCUUAGCUUCCAUCCAGGCUUGCAAAAUGCUUUGGGUACAGAGAUGACUGUCCCCUGCAUCCUUUGCCAUACUGCAGGCCCUGGAGGCAGUUCUGAGCUCUGGAAGAGGGGUGAGGAGGGCAAAGGUGAAAAGUGUUCCCCAGCGUUGGUCUUUUUCAGUGUCUUUUCUUUCCCUUGUUUCCUGUGGUUGGAAGUUGUCCAGGUCCUCCAGUUUCCUGACCUGCUUUUGAGGUUCUAAAGGGUGUUGUUUACCCGUGGGUGAGGGCCGCUUAGUGCUAGGGGGGCCUGUCAGGCUGCCUGUAAGGACUGGGGAAGAGAAACUGAAGUAAGCACUGUCCUCUGUCUGCUCCUGGGAUCCCUAGGCUCCUGUCCAUCCUUUAUCAGUAACCUAAUUUUGUCAAGAGAGAGGUGCAGCGAUUCCCCUUAAGUAGUUGCAUGCUCAUAGGUACGCAUGCUCACCAGCACCCUGACCUCCACCAGGACAGUGAAUCUGUGGCCCCCGCUACUGCCACCAUCUCUAGAACAGCCUCCACCCACGUACACAACUUCUCACACACAAUUUUCUUGCACUGUAGGAGAGACAGUGACCAUGCCAGGCUCCUCGACUGCACAAUCGCUUGCACUUUAAUUGUCAAACACCCUGGACCUUUACCCAUCCCCCCAACAGCUCCGACCCACUUCUUGCAGAGGCUGGAGUUAGGAGGACCCCACGUUGAAGCCUUUGGGAGAAGGGAUGGCGAGGCAGUAGCUGUUUCAGCAAACUCCUUACAAACCCUCCUGAAAGCCUACAUGUCUGUAAGACCAGAGGCUAGAACCAGAGCAGUGAAGGACCACAAAGGAUGCUGGUGGAGGCUAUACAGCUCUUGGUUGUCCUUCCUGUGUUACCUGUCCUAGGAGACAGGGGUUGGAGAGGAGCGUUGUCGGGUUAUAGUUCAAAGACUUCUGAGGACUUGUCACCAGAGGUCCAAGAGCCCGACCUCUGUUGCUAGACAUCAGUGAAUGGGAAAAUCUCUUAUGUGGCACUGUCCUCUCCUGACACCAUCUAGAGCUAUGAAAUGCUUUUAAAUGGGGGUUGAAUGACGUUUGCCUUCUAGAGCAUUCUAGAUGAGCUCCUGAGGACCAGGAGGGCCAUUUUCUUUCUAAGUCCUACUCUGCAGCCCUUACUGUCCUUACUGUAUCUAUUAACUUGGGCCCUCAUUUGAGACACCUGCAGGACAUGUUGGUCUACCAGGACAUUUAACUGAUGGGUUUCUUAUUGUGGUUUCAGUUCUUAUAACCCAGUGGUAGCUUUCUCCUUGUAAGAGGGGUGUAUGUGUGUAUCCAUAUUCUGCAUAUAUAAUCCCAUUAGACCUUGGGAAGAAAAUUGCCAGGUGUAGAUCUAAGAAAGGCUGACCUUCACCCCACAUGUACCCAUAAACUAGAUCUCCCAGGAAGGAGAGGCAGGUGUCUCUGGAGACAGGAUGUGACAGGGCUCUAUGGUCUGUGUAAUUAUCUGUGAUCUUUUUCUUUGCUGUAUCUAUGGGGCCUCUGGAAGAGGCCAGGAGAGGGUAGACCCAUCUGGGGAGAACAAAGCCAAUUUUCCAGUUUUGUGUGUGUGUUCUUGCCUCUGUAAUCCCUCCCACUGUGUAUACCAGGCUGGCAAACCUCAGAGCCAGUGGGCUCUAUAACUAGACAAUGACCAUUAAACCUGGCUUGAGUCUCUGCUCUGGCACA